CUUUCCCCCCUGGAUUCCCUCCGAGUGCCCGACUGAACCGACAGUCGGUCUGACCCGCAGUCAUGUGUUUUUUCUGUUUUUUUUAGCCUUUUUCUGUACUCUUUGGAGUAAACAUGCCAUACAGUAAAUCACACUUCACAUAGCUUAACUUAACCCUCGCCCAACCAAAGAAAUAUAAAAACUCCAGCCUCGGCCAACGGCUCCACCAUUACCCCUAUCAUCGACUGCUCCUUGCUUAUUUAUACUGCGACUCCCUCCUCAUUUCUCAGGUCUCUCUCUCUCCCUUGAGCCGAUUUCCAGAGUAAACAGCGCCCACAAUUGUCCUACUCGUACAUCCAUCACUCCAUCCAUCCCGUUGAUUAUCGCCUGAUCGUCAGUGCAGUAUGCGUUCCUUGAACUUGUUGAUUAGCCUUGCCGGCCUCAUCGCCUCGGCUGCAGCCUUUACCAUCAACUCGCCCUCGGCUUCGAGUUACUGGGUCCAGUUCGCCACCAACACCAUCGCUUGGACUAAUGCUCCCAACGAUUCCCCGCAAGUCACUUUGCAGAUCGUCAACUCCAAUCACACCCUGCUCAAUGGAGUCUUUUCGAUCGCCGAAUAUGUCCCCGCUGCCCUCGAGGCCUACACUGUCACCAACGUCACCCUCGUUGUUGCCGAUGGUUACAUUGUCCAAAUGGUCAACCCUGCUAACAGCUCCCAGGUUUACGCCUCUUCUUCCCCGUUCUCGGUCAAGCCCAGCGACACCCCCGCUGCCCCUGGCUCUGGCCCCGGUGCCCCCAGCAGCCUUUCUGGCUUGCCUGGUACGUCCAAUGACAUGCGUAACAUGACAGGUAUGAGCGGCAUGCCAGGGAACAACAUGAGCGGCCGCCCAGGAAACACCACCGGGUUCAGCAACAACGCUAACGGCACUGCCAACUCCAACGCCCGAUCAGAUGCCUCCAUCGUCUCUCCGAUCUCGUUUGCUGUCUUAUCCGUCGUUGCUUCCGCGAUCGGUCUGGCAACGCUUUAAGAAAACGCGCGCUGAUCAGAAUACCCGAGAUAUUCACCCACCAAACACUCUCCUGUUUCUAUAUAUAUAUAUCAUGCACCCAUAACGACUCCCGAUCGGUUUCACGUUCCUUUCUUUACACUAUCACCAAAACUCAAAAUGACUCCCCCCCACCGCCACCAUUAAUACUUCGCAUCGUCAGAGCGCGUAGACUACAGAAUAUGUGUGUAUGACAUGUGAGAUUCCGUGCUCAGUGACCUUUAGCUUGUUUUAUCCUUCGGAAUGCCCAUUGGAACAAUCAAUCGAGUAUUACACCCCUUGUUCUUCUUAUACUACAUGUCCGUAUGUGAGAAGGGCUUGACACAAGCUGGUUGUGAAGCGCACCUCGACGACAGAGAUGGUAACGGGUUCAUCGAGAUCAUUAACUAGACUGCUUGUGAGAUUAAGUGGAUGAGCAUGCAAAACGAUGUCAGGG